AUGAAGGGUCUGGCAUUUAUAGUAGCACUGGUAAUGGUUAUGGCAGUUGCUACCACAGAUGCUCAAACCAUUUGCAACAUGACCACUUCAGAUUUGAUGGCAUGCAAGCCGGCAGUGACUCCUCCAAACCCUCCUCCGCCCACGUCGACGUGUUGCUCAGCCCUUGCCCACGCCAACAUGCGUUGCCUUUGCUCGUAUAAGAACUCGAAGCUCUUGCCUACCCUUGGCAUUGACCCAAACCUUGCCGUGAAAUUGCCUAGCUUGUGCAAGCUUCCUCACCCUGCAAAUUGUUAG